AUGAUGGAAUUGGCCAUGCAACAACCCAUCUCCUUUCUUACUACUGCUGGAUGCCUUGCAACCUUGGUGGCUUACCAUACAGCAACAGAGAAGGCGUGGUCUGUCGACAUCCGUACCGAAUGUAUAACCUGGGGAUUGCUGGCUUUGGGCCGCUGGCUCCAGCGCCAGACCAUAGGCAAGCAAGCUGGGUUGGGUGAAGCAAAGAGCGCUCCCGGCAGCAGCGGUAGCGGCAUUCUGAAAAUGGAUAUGUCGCCUUGGAAUCGAAUGAUGUGGGCGCUUUCUAUCUGCAUUGCGACCGCUCGGAUUAUCCCUCUAUAUUACGACGUAGCGUCAGCUCUGCCAUUGGCGACAGUCGCAGUCUUUCUAUAUUCAUAUCGGGGGUCACGCACGACCAGCGUGCUGCCGGGACCAGGAUCGAACGCGCCGCUCUCCUCCAUUACGAAGGAACCAAACAAGCGCCGGACACAACUUAUUAGAACGACUGCCUUUUUGCUGCUGGGAAUUUGGUGCUGUACUUUGUUGCAGACAGACUUCAACAUCUACAGUUAUCAUGAUGGCGAGAAAGGCUUCUAUUCUGUGGUGUUUGCGGCAUUUGUCAUGUUACGAAUGGCAGCAUUUGUUCUGCUCGAUACAGCGUGCAAAGACCGGGAUCUUUCAUCUGCAAAUAACCAGAAUGCCUUUUUCGAAACGGCAGAUGCCAUCGUGUUCCGUGUUUUCGGUAUUGUUACUGGGAUCAUGGUUGCUUUCCCACCCGGGGUGAAUCUCGCAUGGCCUGUGUUACUACAGGCGAGCUGCAACAUAGCAAGUCUUGUGGUUAAUUUCAAUUUAGUAAUUCUUGGUGGUGUCGUUCCCGCUACUACCAUUGACACUUAUUCUAUAGCAACCAUACGAAGUCUCUUCGCAAAGUUCACAACUUCUGCGCUGUCGUUCUUCAUCGCUGCAAUCGUGUCUCUAGCCCAUGCCGUUCUCAGUAUUCCACCUUCAUCAUACGCGUCUUCCUUGGCAGCGCGUAGACGACUUCUACUUCCUUUGACAUUAAUUCCGAUCCUGAGUCUCUACUUUUCACGCAGCGCACCUGCUCACCCAGAAUUCCAUCUUCCCCAAUCGAUACACCCGAUCGAGCAUCUCGCAGCAACAUCCGAAGCCAGAUUCAACGAGACGGUCAGCAGACAAUCUCAGACAUUGGAAGAUGCCUGUGCAGAAUACCAACGUCGCUAUGAGAGACGACCACCGCCAAAUUUCGACAAAUGGUUUCACGCGGCUAAAAGAACAAAUUUUGUGCUCAUCGAUGAAUUUGAUACCAUGAUGGCCGCCCUGGAGCCCCUGUGGGGAGUGCCGGCGGCUGAUAUCCGAGGCCGGGUCGAGAAUGCUCUCGACACAGGUCAGAUGUCCAUGAUCCGGUUUGCAAUCGCAGAUCACGUGCUCUCAUACUCGAUGGAGAACUUUGCCGACUGGAUGGCAGCUCAACUCUACGGCUGGUUUGACAGGGAGAUCCUCGACACUCUCCCAGAUAUGGUAUUUGCAAUCAACACCAGAGAUGAACCGAAAGUGGUGGUGCCGCACGACGUUCUGGCAAACGCGCUCAGCCACCGCUCGCGGACUGUCGGCAGCGAAAAUGCCGCCGCUGUCUCCCAGCGCCAUAUUGAAAAUGCGAAACCGCUGGCGGUCUCGCAUGAUGGAGAUGAUCGUCUCCCACUGUCUCAACGGGUCAACUUUCUGGAAGUGGGCAAACAAAAUGCCUGGGAUGCAAUGUCAGUUUCAUGUCCCAUUGAUUCACCUGCGCGUGACUUUGAACAUGUUACAUCUCCGUCUUUGGCUACAUUAUCUAGCUUUGGAUUCCUUUCCAACGUGUCCAUGAGUAAGGACAUAUGCCAGUACCCCCAACUUCGGGAUCUCCAUGGCAUGCUCCUAAGUCCUGCAUCAUUAUCCAUGACACACUCUCUGGUGCCUAUAUUUUCACAAUCAAAGAUCUCUUCGUUUCAGGACUUGCUGUAUCCAAGCCCAUGGUAUGCUGCCAAACUUGACAUGCUGGAGUAUAUGGAAGAUGAAGACGUGGACUGGGAUCAAAAAGAGAAUGUUGCUUACUGGACUGGUUCCACCACCGGCGGCCAUUCCACGAUGGAUAACUGGCAUCACUUCCAGCGGCAGCGCCUCACAUUGAUGGCCAUGGAUCACAGCCGACCCGUUAAUCUCAUGCGCAAGAAGCUGACGCCUCGUCACGGUCAUAAAUACGAUGUCGCAUGGGAGCCCAUCAACGGCACUAUUCGGGAAAUCACGCCAUCCCUCCGUGUGCGAAUCUCGGCCGUAAUUCAAUGUGACUCGGACGCCUGUGAACAUCAGCAAUCCGCCCUGGGCGUCGAGCCCGAUUCCCGGGAUGAUGUCAGUGCAAGUUAUCAAACGCGGUAUAACCUCGAUCUGGACGGGAACGGGUUUAGUGGUCGUUUCUACCGUCUCCUGCGGUCAAAGUCGGCCGUCCUAAAACAAACCCUGUACCGGGAAUGGCAUGAUGACUGGCUCGUCCCAUGGGUCCAUUAUAUUCCCAUCAACAUAGAUCUGACAGAUUUCCCGGAAACCAUUCGAUAUCUCACGCAGGAGCCUGAUGGACAGGCCUUGGGCAAGAAAGUUGCCGAAAACAGCAGGGAAUGGGCUGGAAAGGUACUUCGGAAACAAGACAUGGUUCUUGUUUUCUGGCGCUUGCUGCUGGAAUAUGGAAGGAUUCUGAAUGAUGAAAGGGAGCAAAUGUUUUUCACCUGCUCACCGCUGUGA